GAGCGCAGCUGACGCUUCUCACAAGUCAAGUCAGAGUGAGCCGAGACAAAGGUGGGUGAGAACCUCUCCGUGGACACCAUGCAGACGGACUGAAAGCAGCAGCUGUGUAGACACGAUGUCAGGCGCGAGCACCAAUUCGUACCCAUUCUCCAGCACGGAGGUGAACACGCACGGCCAUUUGGCUGCUGACCACAACGAUAGCUGCCUGCUGGAUGACUCGACGCUGCGGAUCCCCCUGGCCUUGACCUACUCGUUCUUCUUUGUGUUCGGCUUGGCGGGGAACUUGCUUGCGCUCUGGGUGUUUAUGUUCGUCCACGUCAAGAAGAACUCUGUGCGAGUGUUUCUGAUCAACGUCGCCAUCGCCGACCUCAUCCUGCUGGUGUGCCUGCCUUUUCGGAUCUUCUACCAUAGCAACAGCAACCAGUGGCCGUUGGGCCAGACCUGGUGCAAGGUGGUGGGCAACGUCUUCUAUAUGAACAUGUACAUCAGCAUCAUCCUCCUGGGCUUCAUCAGCGUGGAUCGUUACAUCAAGAUCCAGCAGGGUGCCCCCCGGCGCCUCCAGGGGAGCGGCUGGAGUGCAGCGGUCUGUGCUGUGGUCUGGGUGUUCGCCAUUGCUUCAGUCAUUCCCAUGAUCAUGUUCUCUGAGGGCAACGAGGAGAAGAACAAGUGCUUCCAGUACAAGCAAAGGCAGAAGGCUAAGGGGAAGGCCUACUUUAACUUAUUUCUCGUGGUUUUCUUCUGGCUCAUCUUCAUCUUCCUCAUGGUCUCCUACGGGAAGAUCGCAGCGAAGCUGCUCAGAGCUUCCAGAAAGAAGCCGGACCUCCCCAACGCACUGAGGUACAACAGGACGGCCAAGAAGUCCUUCUUCGUCCUGUUCCUUUUCACCAUCUGCUUCGUGCCCUACCACAUCUUCCGCAUCUUCUACAUUCACUCACAGGUGUCGGACACGCCCUGCUACUGGAGAGGGAUCAUGGACAAGACCAAUGAAGUGGUGCUGCUGCUCUCUGCUUUUAACAGCUGUUUGGACCCGGUCAUGUACUUCUUGCUUUCCGGUUCUGUCCGCAAGGAAACUAUACGGCUCAUUAACAACACCGUCUUCAACGUGCAGGACAGUAGCGGCAACAGCUCCACCACCGAGUUCCGGAGGCCGUCCUUGGGCCAGGUCAGCAACACCACGAGGAACAGCAUGAGCCUGCUCAUCACCCAGCGCUGCAAGUCCACGCCACCGAACGACCUCCCUCGCUAACCGUUGACUUUCUCUCAUUGACCAGCAGGGUGCAGAAUCUGCCUGGAUGUCCAUCCGACAGACAGUGCCAGCAAUACUGACGAUACUGCAGACAGAUAGCACCAAAGAGCGGACUGCUGAAUGUUCAACGACACUCAUUCUUAGACAAAGGUGCUGGCUCAAAAAAGGAGUGUUGAAAAGCAGACUGAUAUCUGCAAUAAGAAAACUGGUGAAUUCUUGCUCUCGAUUAAAUUGUGGACUGUAUGACACUAAUAACAUUGACCACCCAUGAAGAGUCAUUGAAACAAUUAAAAGUAAUUACAAGGCUGGCUCAAAAUGUUCAUA